UUUCAUUUUCAGUGAUAUUCGUGUAAUUUGUUUAUAAGAAGUACAUCCUUGAACCUGGAGUCAUGACAGAUGAAGUAAGCCUGGCCCAGGCUGCUCAACCCAGUGGUGAUACUAUAUUUGGCAAGAUACUACGUGGGGAAAUUCCCACAAAGUUCAUUUAUGAAGAUGAGAAGUGUGUGGCAUUCAAUGAUGUGAAUCCUCAAGCUCCUGUGCACUUCCUUGUUAUCCCUCGCAAGCCCAUCGCAAUGUUGUCUUCAGCUCAGGAUGAAGAUGAGCAGAUUCUUGGUGCCCUGCUAUCAGCCGCACGAAAAGUAGCAGCACAGCAGGGGCUUGCUGAUGAUGGCUACCGCGUCGUGAUCAACAACGGCAAGAAUGGCGCACAAAGUGUCUUCCAUCUGCACCUGCAUGUGCUCGGUGGCAGGCAGAUGAAAUGGCCUCCUGGUUAACGAUGCUUGUUAUUUCAAACCACGAUUUAACUUCUAUUCUAAAAAUUCGAAAAAAUUCUAUUCUAAAAAAUUCUA